AUGGCUGAGGAAGAUAUCUCAAACUUAGAGAUCGUGAUGGCGCACGAGACCUACGAGGAUUUCCUCGAUUCCCUCGUUACCAAGAAAGACAUGUUUUACCUCGAGGACGAAGAGGUUGCCAGACAAUUGGUCGAGCUGGGCUAUGGCUCCGCAGGAGAAGUCAUGAAAAGAAGUGACUUUGAAGCGAAGAAGGCGGCGGCUGAGCUCGCUCGUAUAGCUAAACGAAACAAUGCUGGCGGUAUGUGUCAUUAUGGGCACGAACUGAACGAUCCGUUUCUCAAGGCUCUUGCAGAUCGAGAAGAAGCAAACAGACAUUUGAAAAUGACAUCGAUCAUUUUUAUCAGAACGAAGAAUACGAGGGGACAAGAAAUCUCCGGAUACAUUGACUAUGCUCAUCGCUUGAAGACAGACGAGUUCCAGCAGAUCUUUGCAGGCAAAAAGCGUAUGAUUCCGCGAAAUACUGAUCUCAGCUUCUUCAACUGGGACACCCAGCAUUGUCAAAUUAACGCCAGUCCAUACUACGACGUUGACUCCGAACACGUCGGUGGACUACUCUUCAAAUCAAAGCUCGAUCGAAAACAAAUCAACGUGGAUCCAAAAAGCUCAUCUCCUGGCGAUAACACAACGCGGCUAAGAAUUAAGUCCAAGUUUUAUGAAGAAGUCGUCUUUUACGAUCACAUAACUCGUGGAAAAGCUUAA